AUGGACCAAGACUCGGGAAUGCUCUCUGGAACGAGUUCGCCGGCGGCGACCACCCGGUCACCGGAAGAUGAGGAUCUUCUCCAACGUAGCACGAAGAAGACGAAAAGACCUAGGGAAAGAAUAGAGACAACGGAUUCUCUAUCAUCUGGGAAUAACGCCCAAGAAGCGCAACUCUUAGCCGAUUUGAAAUCACCCGAAUCCGCCCAAUGGAGGACGCCGGUAGAAACCCCCAAUACAGCCCGGGGACGGAAGGAAAUCCUGGAAAGCUUUGAGAAAGAAGCGAUAUCGGAAGACGAGGAGAUGAACGAGGGAGAAUCCGACCCGAAUUGCCCAAUCAUACAUAUUACUAAGGAAGAGAAGGAGCGACUACGCCGGCCUUGGCGGCGCACACUCAUCAUCAAGGUUCUUGGGCAGAAGGUCAGCUAUUCCUUUUUAUUAGAUAGACUUCACAAGAUGUGGAAACCAGAAUCAAGCUUUGAUUUAAUAGCAUUAGACCAAGAUUACUACCUGGCGAAAUUUGAAUCCUUGCGAGACAAUGAGUUCGCCAAAUAUGAAGGCCCGUGGAUCAUCUUGGGGCAUUACAUAACAGUUCAGGAAUGGAGACCAAAUUUCCUCCCAAGAAAGAGCAAGCUGGAGAAAUUGUUAGUAUGGAUUCGAUUCUCGGCACUCCCCAUUGAAUAUUUCGAUGAUGACUUCUUGAAGAAAAUAGGGAAGGAGGUGGGUCGUCCAAUUAAGGUGGAUUAUACGACAAGCCUGGCAUCCAAGGGUAAGUUUGCUAGAAUCUGUGUAGAACUGGAUAUGACGAAACGAUUACUAUCGAAAUUUACUCUGGCUGGUGAGGUAAUGCCGAUUGAGUAUGAAGGGAUACAUAUGGUAUGUUUUCGCUGCGGCAUUUUCGGUCACAAACAGGGACAGUGCGAAGGGGAGGAGAAUAAGGAAGGAGAGAAUGCGGCCACCCAAUCUCCCAGGGAUAAUCCAACGAACACGCAGCAGCCGAAUGGCUCCCAACGGAAGGCAAAACAGACCAAAGCCCCAGUCCACGAUUACACAGACAACUAUGGGGCUUGGAUGCUAGUCACUAGGAAGGAGAAAGGAGGACCAAGGAGGGAGUCUCGGCCACCGGGCUUUUAA